AUGGCGACACUUACCGGCGAAUCGAGCAGUUCGGCUGGAAAUAUGGAUAUGGAGGUUCUUGAAGAUACCGAGGAAAGUGAUAUUUCUGAGAUUCAACUAAUUGAACCCGAGGAUGAUAAAGAAAUUCUUAUUUCGACGCAAGCGACAUAUUGGACAAGGAAAGAGGAAUGGUUUUGGGGUACAGCUAUUUUCAUGUUGACUGCAUUGAAUUAUGCGUGUAGAAAUUGUAUGCCAGUCACGGCACUUUCCCAGGCGAAGGAAUAUGACUGGGAUAAAUCGGAAACUGUAACGUUUCACUAUCCAGCAAUGGCCAGUGUAGUGGCAAGAAAAGUACACAUCAGAAACAGGUCAUUUUUAUACACAGCUGUUGGUGCAGGUACUAAUGCUGGGAAUCUCAUGUCGGGAAGUUUAGGUUCUGUGUUGGUGGAAUAUGUUGGAUGGCGAAGCAUGUUUUAUUUUUUUGGUGCAAUAUCUGUAGUUUGGGCCUUGGCUACUAGAAUAUUACUUCUACGAAUGAAGUGUUUCCACCCAUGUAUAGUUCAGAAGAUUCAUGCCGAUGAAGCUACUAAUGUUUCCAAAAAGGCAGCAUGGAAAAUAUUACUUAAGCAUAAAGCUUUCUGGGCCUUGAUUGCAACUAUGUUUUGUAGUGGAUAUGCAUGGCACACUUUAUUCUCAUGGCUUCCAACGUAUUUUGGAGACACAUUUCCUGAUGAAAAGGGUUGGGUGUUCAAUGUUGUGCCAUGGAUAUUCAACAUUCCGUCACAUUUUUGCAGCGGAUAUAUUGCGGAUUGGCUCAUAGCAAACCACUGCACACGGACAGUGGCCAGAAAAUACUUACAAACAAUUGGGACUCUUUUUAAUGUAACUUGUCUGUUUCUAAUCGGACAUAUUAAUUGUUACGUCCAAGCUUUGGGACUGCUGUGUUUUACACUAUUUACCGAUGGACUGGGAUCAGCUGGAGCUUACACAAAUGUUCAAGAUCUAGCACCAACUCAUGGAGGCGCUAUAUACGGUGUUAUGAAUACUCUGUCAUCACUUCCCGGGUUUAUUGGAGUCUACAUCAGUGGUCACAUUCUAGAGGCUUUCAACAACAGCUGGACUGCUGUCUUCAGUUUAGCUGCUUCAAUUAACUUUUCUGGUUAUAUAGUUUUCAUGAUUUGGGGAUCAGGUGACCGAAUCGUGUGAUGUAAAAAAAAAAAAAAAAAGUACUGACAGUAAUAUUCCUUAAAGACUGAAUACGGCUUUUUGCGGCCUGAGGUCAUGCAGCAGAUUCACCCAAGCAUGCGAGGGCUGGUAAGUUGCCAAAAAGCUGUAUCCGGUCCACAAAGUUUUUUUUCAUAUAUCCAGUAUAGGUGUACUUACAAUUUUACCACAACAUAGCCUCAAACACACAAC